ACACCCCAAGAAGACCGACAUCCGGUCGUUCCAUUCAUACUUCCGCUUUCCAGAAUCGCUUUGGCAGCUUUUCUUUUCACUUAAAAACAUACAGAUUUUUCCUUUUGGUAAUCUGUCGGCGUCCUCACACGGUAAUAUGACGCGGUUCUUGUUGUUGGUUGUAGUGGCUGCUCUGUCUCUUAGCCCUGCGGCGGUGAGCGGAGCCGACAAGAAGAAGCUGCAGAUAGGGAUCAAAAAGCGAGUGGACAACUGUCCCAUCAAGUCCCGCAAGGGAGACGUGCUAAACAUGCACUACACCGGGAAGCUGGAAGAUGGCACGGAGUUUGAUAGCAGCAUCUCCCGGGACAGGCCCUUCACCUUCACCCUGGGCACCGGCCAGGUAAUCAAAGGCUGGGAUCAGGGUCUGCUCGGCAUGUGCGAAGGCGAGAAGAGGAAGCUGGUUAUCCCCGCCGAGCUUGGCUACGGAGACCGGGGAGCUCCUCCGAAGAUCCCCGGAGGUGCAACGCUCAUUUUCGAAGUGGAGCUACUGAGCAUCGAAAGGAGAUCGGACCUUUGAUGCGGAAAACAAUGGACAGGACGACUGCUUUAAGGAUGUUUCUGUCCAAGAUCCAGGAACUGCUGCUGUAAUAAAUAGAGACCGCCUGACAUAUGAAGAAGGAGCAAGAUCAGGGGAAUGAAUGUAAUCCCAAUGAGAGCUUCUAUUCUUCUUUUACUGAUUUGUUGGUUUUGUUUUUUUUUAAAUAGGGGCUAAUGAACUUAUUUUGUGAAAGAUGAACAAAUGAUGGCACAUUCCUGCAAAGUGAUUAGAUGAAAAAUAUUCAGCAGCAAAGAUUUUUUCUUUCAAAAGGUGAACAAUGACAUCACAUCCCACCACUUUAUCUUUAAUUUCUGACUUCAAAGCAGGUUUCUUUACAUUUCUACAGUCUUACUUCAUGAAUAUUUUACAUUAAACAGUAAAUAAUACAUUUGUCUUUGUCUGUACUACAAUAAAAAUGAUUACCUUAUUGUUCCCUUUUAA